AUGGAUUUUAAAAAUUCAAGUUAUAAGAGUUGUGUUCACAAUUCUAAGGAGAUGCAAAGGCAAGUUGACGAGCUUAUGGAGAAGGGAUUGGUGAGAGAGAGUUUAAGUCCAUGUGAUGUUCCUAUGCUGCUUAUUCCAAAGAAGGAUAGCACUUGGCAAAUGUGUGUUGAUUGUAGAGCAGUUAACAAGAUCACAGUGAAGUACAAGCAUCCUAUAUUUCGGCUAGACGAAGCAUUAGAUGAGCUUUAUGAUGCCAGGUCUCUUGAUGAAGAUAUUGAGCAUGUUAUUUUGUUUUUGCAGGUUUUGGUGCAAGAAAGCUUCUUUUAUGAGAGGUUUGUGCAGAAUUUCUCUACUAUUGUAGCACCACUCAUAGAAAUUAUCAAGAAGUUGGGUUUAAGUAGGGAGAGGAGUAUUGGAAUUGUGUUGAUGCAAGAGAAUAAAUCAAUAGCCUAUUUCGACGAGAAGUUGAAUGUAGCACAAGUUGAUGCAAGAGAAGAAAUCAAUAGCCUAUUUCAACGAGAAGUUGAAUAUGCUUUGUCUAGGAGGCAUGAUGGUUACUUAUUUGAGGGUAAGAAAUUGUGUGUGCCUAGAUGCUCUAUACGUGAUUUGCUUGUGCUCGAAUCUCAUUGUGGGAGUUUGAUGGGGCAUUUUGGAGUACAUAAGACUUAUGACACUUUAUUUGAGCAUUUUUAUUAG